AUGCAGCGCGGCGGCUCCCUCCUCUGGCCGCUGGGCGGGGAGGCGGCGGCGGCGGCCGUCGAGGGAGACCCGGUGCUAGAAGCCGUGACGCGCCCCCCGCCCCCGGCCUGGGGCGCCGCGGCGGCGCUUCCGCUGGCGGACUGCUCCGCCGCCGAUCUGCUG